UCCCGCCGUCCCUUCCCCCGCUCCCCGCUGCCCCUCCGCCGUGCGAGAUGGAUCAAGUUCGCGAGCGGUAGCCGCGCUCCCCGCCGCCGGCCGCCGCCGCGCUCGCAGGGCGGUUUCCACCGCCCGCCGCGGCGGCUUGGAGCGGCGGGGCCGGGCCGGGCCCCCGCGGCGGCGGAGCUCCCCCGGCGGCGCCGGGCGGGCGAUGCGGGCGGCUGGCCCUGCGCAGGCUGCGGCGGGGCAUGCGGAGGAGGCUGCGGGCGGCCAUGGGGGGCGGCCACUCCCAGCGGGCGCCCGUCUUCGACGAGAACGAGGACGCUCCUUCAUUUCCUUCUCCAGUGGCAAAGAAUUAAAAUGAAAAGAAAGUACAAAGCAAAAAGUUAACUUUGACCACUUUCAAAUAUUGCGGGCUAUUGGGAAAGGGAGUUUUGGAAAGGUGUGCAUUGUACAGAAGAGAGACACCAGGAAAAUGUAUGCCAUGAAAUAUAUGAAUAAACAGAAGUGCAUUGAGAGAGACGAAGUUCGAAAUGUUUUUCGGGAGUUACAAAUAAUGCAAGGCCUGGAGCACCCCUUCCUAGUCAACCUGUGGUAUUCUUUUCAAGAUGAAGAGGACAUGUUCAUGGUGGUUGAUCUCCUGCUUGGAGGAGAUUUGCGUUACCAUCUGCAGCAGAGCGUCCACUUUAAUGAAGGAACUGUUAAGCUGUACAUUUGCGAGCUGGCGCUUUCCCUGGAUUAUUUACAGAGAUACCACAUCAUUCAUAGAGAUAUCAAACCUGACAACAUACUACUGGAUGAGCACGGACAUGUUCAUAUCACAGACUUUAACAUAGCGACCAUAGUGAAAGGCUCAGAAAAAGCUUCUUCUAUGGCUGGCACAAAACCCUAUAUGGCUCCGGAAGUGUUCCAGGCCUUUAUGGAUGGUGGCCCAGGAUACUCGUACCCUGUAGACUGGUGGUCGCUAGGAAUUACAGCAUAUGAAUUACUGAGGGGCUGGAGGCCCUAUGAAAUUCAUUCAGCCACCCCCAUUGAUGAGAUACUGAACAUGUUCAAGAUAGAGAGAGUUCACUACUCAUCCACAUGGUGCAAGGGCAUGAUAGCAUUACUGAAAAAGCUCCUCACUAAGGACCCGGAGAGCCGUCUUUCAAGUCUUGCAGACAUUCAAAACUCUCCAUACCUAGCUGAUGUCAACUGGGAUGCUGUUCUGGAGAAAGCUGUGACCCCAGGCUUUGUUCCUAACAAAGGAAGACUGAACUGUGAUCCAACAUUUGAACUAGAAGAAAUGAUUUUAGAGUCUAAACCUCUCCAUAAAAAGAAAAAGCGACUUGCCAAAAACAAAUCGAAAGAUGGAGCUAAAGAAAGCUGCCCACUGAACGUACACCUGCAGCAGUGCUUGGAAACCGUUAGGAAAGAAUUCAUCAUAUUCAACAGAGAGAAAUUAAGAAGACAGCAGGAUCAAAGUGGACAGAGUUCUAGCACGGACAGUAGAGCAUCCCUUCAGAGCCAUGGAAAACUUCAAGAUGGACGUAACAACAAUUUACUGGGACACGGCUGCACAAGAGGCUGCAGCAGCUAGUGAGCUAGUUCCAUCCCAUCACACACACGCACCUGGGAGGGAGAGGAAAGUUUCUCUCUGUGCAUGCCUUGAUCUUCGUCCCUCGGGCCCCAGGAAGUCCAACUCCUCCAAAAAGCAGGAUCCCUAGCCGACUGCAAACCCACAGAGCACACCAAAUGAGCAUUUCCACAUACGACCCUGCUCUUCUUUUGACUUGCCUCUGGAAACAUGACCAUCAACAACAAAGUACAGUUUUAUAUGUAAGUGUGACUUUCCUCUUCAAAAUCCUGGAACAAAACUUGAAACAAUUCAUUAGGCAGCCUCUCAAAGAUUGCCAAGAUUAUGGCUACUUGCAAGAGACAAAGUUAUAUUGGGGCCAGCUUUAUUCUGAAGGCUUUGCAUUAUCCUCUCUGUCUCUGUUACUUAACAUGGUCCAAUUUGGAAUUUUUGUGAAACUGCUAAACACAGCCGUUUCUGAGCAUCUGCUGUUAAGUUUAUAAUGGAUGUAUAUGAUGUAAAUACGUGAAUGUAGUGUCAAAUAGGCCAAACACUGAGUAAUUUCAUUUAACCAUCUGAAGUCCAUUGAAAAAGUUGCAGCGUGAAUGUAUCCAUAUUGUUCUUUAUGCAUUCUGCUUAGUAGUAAAAGAUGUGACUCUGGCCAAGUCAAAGUUUUGCUAAUGAUUUUAGUGGAUGCAGGAUCAGACACAUUAGUAGUGUGUUAUAACUAUGAAAAAGAAAGAUCUUUUUAUUAGUAACAAUAGGCUGACCAAGCCAGAGCUGAAAAGCAGCUUAGUAAGGAGAGCUAAAAACAUUAGAAAUUUGCUCAGAUCCAUAGUUUGAUGUUAUAAAAUGUGAAGAAGCUACGUGUGUCUCUGUUUUCAUGGAUCUAUUCUGGAUAAGAACUGUCUUGAAUAGAAAGCAACACACUUUAUCCAAAACAUUACUGAAAAUAAAGCCUUUUUUUUGUUGUUUUGUAGCAUCCACAAAUCCAUACUUCUGUGGUAUUUUACAACUUGUAUAUCUACAUUUUGAUAAUAAAUGCAUGCUUGUUCUGUCCUACUGUGCUUUUAUUUUUUAAAGAUUAUCAUCCGUAAGCAAAUUUCAUUUUCAAUUUUUAAAAACAAAUAAAUUAGGCUUUUGGAAGUGUUAAAAGCUUUUUAUUUAUAAUACUCUAUUUUUACUGUAUUCUUUUUGUUUUAUCUUUUACAAAACAAAGUUCUUUGUAAUUGAAUCUAUUUUUAAAUUCUGUUUCACAUUAUAUGUAAUUUUUGUCACAAAAUUUUCAUAAAAUACAGUUUUUUACAGCUCCAUGAAAUGAUAUGGUGUUCCUAUGAACAACAGAAAGUUUUACAACUGUAGUAAGGUAGAGAUUUUACAUCUGUCAUGAAUACAGUGUGCGUUUACUUGCUUAAUUUGGGUAUAGAGUGAAAUAAUUAUGGGAUCAAGGAAAGGAGCAGAGUUUCUCUGGUCCUGAGAGGACAGGUUUCAUUGUCCAGAAUAAACUGCUUCAUGCUCA